AUCCCGGCUGUCUGUCCCGUCAAGCAAUGGCGUCUAAGCCCACGAGUUCGAAGCUCGCGGAUUCACUCGCACUUCAAAGAGAAAGGCUCUACGUGAGCACCGACGGUAGCUCAACAUUCGAGAACGAUGAGUCCCAGGCGCCAUUGCCGGUGCCGAGUCUGCAGCGCACACUGAAUCGCUAUCUCGACUCGGUGAAACCUUUUGUCACUGAAAAUGAGUUCGCAAAGACGGAAGAGCUCGGAAGACGUUUCGAGAAUGGGGUUGGCCGACAGCUGCAGGAACAGCUUCUCAAGAGAGCGAACGACCACAGGAAUUGGCUCGAAGAUUGGUGGCGAGACGUUGCUUACCUGAGGAACAGAAGUCCGUUGAUCCCGCUGAGUAAUAUGGCGGGAGCGUUUGGCCUCUUUGAAUUCGCUAAAAACUACAAGGGACCUCGUUCCGAAUACGCGGCCAAAGGUCUCUGCCAUUACGUGAAUUUUUGGCAUUUAAUCCGACGCGAAAAGCUGAAGCCCCAAAAGUUCCGUGAUACGCCAUGGAGCAUGGAUCAGUUCCGACGCGCUUUCAACACAACACGCAUACCUCAAGAGGGCAUGGACGAACUACGCACAGUUUUCAUGACGGAAAGUGAGCAGAUGGACAUUCCGACUAAUAUUAUCGUUCUGAGCCGGGGACAUAUAUUUUCUGUAGAGAUGUGUGAUGCUCAGAAACAGCCGCUCACGACGGCUGAAGUUGCCCUGUCGUUGGAGAAGAUUGAGAGAUUCUGUCAGAGGGAGCCUCGCGGUAAAGGCGUGUCCGGUCUCACGUGUCAGGACCGAGAUCAGUGGGCUCAAGACCGGCAGCACUUGAAGGAUAUAUCGAGAGCGAAUGCGGAGAAGCUCAAACUGAUUGAGGACGCCCUCAUGGUUUGCGUUUUGGACGAAACCUCUCCGGAAACCCGCACGGAAAUCAUGCGAGAAUCGAUUAAGGGUCGAUGCGAGGACCGCUGGGCUGACAAAAGUCUCCAAUUAAUAUUCUUCAAGAAUCUCACCGUGGGCUCCAGCUCGGAUCACAGUCCCUUCGACGGUAUGGUCCCUAUCUGUGUAUCGCACUGGGCGCAUCUCUCGACCAUGAUCGACGAUCUCAACGACCAGCCCAUGGGACCCGUAAGACCGACGAAUCUGAGGGAGCCGAUCAAUAUCGAUUUCGAAUUGGAUGAGGAACUCGAAGUGAACAUUGCACAGGCGCGGACGAAAUACGAUCAGCUGGCGGACACGAUCGACGUCUUCGUUGGAGAAUUCAACGUCUACGGCAAAGAGUUCCUCAAAGGGUCGCAAAUUCAUCCGGAAGCUUUUUUCCAAAUCGUUAUCCAGACUGCCUUCAUGAGACUACACGAGCGACCGGCUCCUACGUACUGCACGGCUUCAACGCGAGCUUUCUAUCACGGACGAACGGAAACCUGCCGAUCGUGUUCCCAGGAAACGGUUGAUUUCAGUCGAGCGCUCCUCGCAGGUAGCAAACCAUCGGAACUCUCGAUAUUGUUGCGACUCGCCGUCGAGAAAUUCACACUCACAAUGCUCGAGUGUCUGAACGCGGAAGGGUGCGACAGGCACCUCAUGGGAUUGGCUAUCCAGGCGUGGCUGGAACUUGGGGGAGAUGCCCUGCCGGAGCUGUUCCAGGACGCGUCGUUCGAAAAAAGUGGAGGCAACGGCAAGUUCAAGCUCAGCACCUCACUGAACGGAUUCACACCGCUAAUCGGAUGCGUCACGCCGAUGGUUGACGACGGUUACGGCUGUUUCUACAGUUUCGAUCAAGAUAAUAUCAUCGUCGCUUGUACCGCAUUCCGGAGCGAAGACCAUUCCGCAGAACGGUUCUACCGAAGCAUAGUGGACACUCUGAUGGAGAUGAAGCCACUCCUGGCUCAAGCACAUCGGCUGUAGGGGAAUUCGUCGAUUGUAAUAUAAAUUGUAUGACAUCAUCAUCAAACUUCAGAUAUUACACGGUCCCUUCAAGGACACGCUGGCGCGGUGUUCCGGUAGAGGAGCGUAUGUCACAACUGGCCGUGUUUGAGUAAGUCCUGUCUGAGUCAGAAGCAAUCGAGCCCGUUCUAGAGUUUUGGAGGGGGCCAGACGACCAAAGAUGAUGACGCGCCUUCUCGGGGUCCAUACUUUAGCAUCGAAACCGAAGAAUUUUGGUAGGGGCCAUUGCCCCCUUAGCCCCCCCCCCCGCGCGCGCCUCUGCCCAGGAGCCUAUUCGAACGAGGAGGGAUUCCCAAUUUUCCUUUUCCCCUUGACUAAGUUCCAAGCGCAUCCAAUCAGGUCCGUGGAGCUCGAGGAAGCGCUAAUGAGACGACGCCGAUAAGUGUUGGCGACCCAUUUGAUGGAUCGAAUAAUCCAAC